AGAAUGAAUUUGACGCCUUGCAAAGUUUGUUGAAAUGGUUGGGUGUAAUAUUCUUGCCCACAGCAUUUACCUUUAGUUUAGAGGACAGUGCACUUUGCAAAAAUGCAUCGCACUUUUUCAACUCAUGGUGUGCGAUGGCUGCGAUCAUUGUCCGUAGAAUUUCGCCCCUCACGGUCAUUAUCGAAUCGUGCGUCUUUCCUCCCUCUGCGUUCUAGUGGGAUCAUCUCAGCAUAUCCAUAUUGGAGGAGGCAAUUUUCCAAACAAAGUGACACUUCAGCUUCGUUAGAUGCGGACGAUGAACACCCAGAGAGUGCAGAAAUAUUACAAGAUCUUCGAGCUCGUCACCAUUACCACCACGACAAAGAUGCAGGGAAACUUCAUGAGGUUUACGUUUUAGAACCCGAUUUUAAAUGGGGAAGAAAUCGCUUUCGAGCCGUCACAAGCCAGCAUCGACUAGAUGAAGCAUGUGCGCUAGUGGAGUCGAUCGAAAGCUGGAAGGUAGCCGGUAGAAGUAUAGAAUCCGUCAGAAGGAUGGACAGAAAAACAUUUUUCGGAAAAGGAAAGAUUGAGGAGUUAAAUGAAAGAUUCAAAGAAAUGAAAAAUUCUUCUUCUCCCUUUGACAGUGUUUUAAUCGAUGUAGCUCAGCUCAAUAAUUGGCAGCAUACACAAUUAGAAGACAUUUGGGAUGUUAAGGUGUAUGAUAGGUUUGGUGUGGUGUUGCAAAUAUUCAAGGAGAGGGCCAAAACAGCAGAGGCAAAGAUUCAGGUGGAAUUAGCAGAGUUACCAUACAUCAGGUCAAGAUUGGUACAUAGAGGGAGUUUUGAUCAGCAGAGAGGUGGAACACACACCAUAGGAGGAUCUGGAGAAACAAUCCUGGAAAAGCAGAGAAGGAUUUUAUUUGAACGUGAAAUAAGACUGAAAAAGAAGUUAUAUGCUAUCAAAAAGCAGCGUGAGCAUGUUAGGCAUGACCGACAAAAGAGACAUGUACCAACCGUGGCAGUUGUAGGUUACACCAAUGCAGGCAAAACAACUCUGAUUAAGGCGUUAACAGAUGAAGCUAAGAUGCAGCCUGAAGACAAACUCUUUGCAACUCUUGAUGUAACAGCACAUCCAGGGAAACUCCCAUCUGGCAUGACUGUUCUCUUUAUUGACACUGUUGGAUUUGUAUCCGACCUGCCCCCAGAACUUGUUGAGUCUUUUUCUGCAACAUUGGAAGAUAUUUCAGAUUCAGAUUUAGUUGUACAUGUGCGCGACGUCAGUCACCCAGAAUGUGACGCUCAACUGGAUGACGUCAUGACAGUUCUUGAGAAACAACUCAGCAUUAAGGCACCUUUAAUGGAAACCAUGAUAGAGGCUCAGAAUAAGAUUGAUCUUUGCAAUGAUAAAAACUUCCAAGUUAGAUCCGGCGUGUUAAGCGACAGGCGGACCAAGAUAAGUGCGGUAAACAAAACAGGUUUGAGUGAGCUUCGUGCAAUGGUCGAAAAAGGGAUCAUAGCAUCCACAGGGAGACAAGUCAAGAAACUUGUAUUUCCUCCAGAUGGACCACAGCUUAGCUGGCUUUAUCAUGAGACAACAGUUCAGGACACAUCAGCUGACGAGGAUGGAAAUAUUGUUGCUACAGUCGUCAUGGAUGAAGCAGCGAGGAAAAAAUACCAAGCAAAAUUUGGGAAGAUUGAUUAAUAGCCUCUUCCCUGUUUGCAAAUCGUUCAACUGAAAAAAAGCAAGGAAGAAUUCUACCAUGGCUCUAAACCGAUAAACUAGCAAAGGAAAACGUAAUUGUUUUUCCACUGCAUCCCAUUUGAGUUUGUCUGCAUAUGAGGAUCGCCUGUUAUUUACCAUACGGUGUACAAGCAUGGUGGAAAAGUAAACGCUUAAUAUAUAUUUGGUAGGAAAAGGUCUGUAUUUCAUGACGACUAGUUUUCUUCACAUGGGACGUAAGAAGCGUCUUCUUUCACCAUAUCGAGAGAGGAAGGUUGCAAGCACUUCGUAACUUAGAGCAGUCUCCUUUCAACCGAUGUCACCAGCUACCGAAACCUAGCAAGCGAAUUAUUCACGAUAUUGACUGAACAGUGACAACUGACUCACUCCGCUUGAGUCUUGCAGCCAAUAGCAUCACGGGAAAACUCACAAGUCAAUUUUUAUAAAGCGGUUUUUCAAGACUUAAAUGACGAAAGACUCCAUACUUAACUCUGGUGAUGACUUUCGCUCAGAUUGUCUGAUGAACGGGUACUGACGUUAUCAACAGUUCUUUUCUCGAACUUCCUUCACUUGGACGAUCGGACCUCACGAUCGAAAGAUCCAUUUUCGUUUACAUAGUAUGUUUUUAAUACGUUUUCCUUGAAGGAUAAUAAAGUGGAUUUAGUUAUUA